AUGGCGCCCAAGAUACGCAGCUGGGUGCACUCCGUCAAACCCCUCGGCGACUUCCCAUCCGCCGCGCGCGGCGACGCUCACCCUCCAUCCGACUCCGCCCCCACCCUCCCCACUCCGCUCGAGACCUUCUCCGACUCCUCUGGGGACAAGUCCGGCCCCCUGGCUCGCGCGCUCGCGCUCCUCUUCGAGCCCUCCCCCAUCCUCUACGACGCCCUCGUCCCCGCCCUCGCCGCGUCCAUCCGCUCCACCUCCACACCCCCCAUCCUCUCGUACACGCACCUCAUCGACACCGCGAUCACCACGAUCGCCGCCUGGCCCGAUGCGCAGCAGGCCGCUUUCGUUGCCGCCCACCCGCGCAUCGGCGAGAUCGCGGGGCUCUCCGCGCUCAGCGCGCAGGAGCAGGCGGCGCGGGCGACGCCGCCCGAGGUCCUCGCGCGCCUCGCGCACCUGAACCGGCUGUACGAGAGCGUCUACCCUGGGUUGGUGUACAUCACGUUCGUGAACGGCCGCUCGCGCGAGGAGAUCAAGGACGAGAUGGAGGACAAGCUUGGAAUCGAGCACUCGACGAGCCCGGACGAACCGUCGUCGAACAGUUUGGCAAGCGUGGAGGAAGCGACUGAGAGGUGGACAGGCGAGUUGCGGAGGGCGGUGGUGGAUGUCGGGAAGAUUGCCAAGGCUCGGCUGAGAGCCUUGGGGGAGGCGGAAGAGGCACAGGGUGCGUAA